AUGUUCUAGGUUUUUGUAAGUGUUGCAAGAAAACAUUUUACUUCUGUUCUCUCCAACUGGACAGGCAGCAUGUGGAGGAGUGAACCAAGAAGAGUGUAACAUUUUGCAGCUGUUCGAGUCUUGGAGUGCAGAACAGCUUGUAGUCAGAGGAUAUGCAUCACUGCAGCUCAGCAGAUUGGCGAUGACUCACUGCACUAUUUAACAUAUAAACCUCUGGAGGAACUGCUCACUUCUUGAGGCUACACAUUCUCACAGGCUCUGUGUGUCCACCCGGAAAAAACUUUGGAGGAUUGUCAGAACUUUGGAGUAUUCAAAAAUGAAAAACUUGCAUUUACUAUUGCUUUUUACUGUGAUCUAUGUGGUCUCUUCUUCUGUACAGCAGAAACAGAUGGAAUUCAUUGAUGCAAUGGCUUACCUGAGGCGGUUUGGCUACCUCGACACUCCACUGGAUAAGGAUUCACAUGUAGACGUGAAUGAGGAGACUGUAGGAGAAGCCCUGAGACUUUUUCAGAGAGUGUCCGGUUUGCCAGUUACUGGAAAGGUUGAUGAAGCAACAAUGACAAAAAUGAGGCAGCCACGCUGUGGGGUUGAGGAUCCUUUCAAUCAAAAAUCCAAUAAAUAUAGGCGAUUCGGUGGAAUUUGGAAAAAAAGGAAUCUGACAUAUCGUAUCUAUAACCACACACCUGAUUUGGGGAAGCCUGCGACCCAGAGGGCCAUUAGAUUGGCUUUUAAGUACUGGAGUGACAUCACUCCAUUAAGCUUUAAGGAGAUUGAAUAUGGGCGUGCAGAUAUUAGGAUCUCAUUCCAUGCCAGGACUGGCUGCCUUGCACCUUUUGAUGGACCAGGUAAUGUACUUGCUCAUGCUGAAGGCCCUCCAUCAGGGAUCAUACAUUUUGACGAGGAUGAGUUUUGGUCUGAAGGAAAAUACUAUGGCUCUAACCUGAGAAUUGUUGCGGCUCAUGAAAUCGGCCAUGCGCUCGGUUUGGGUCACUCUCAAUACAGUGACGCACUCAUGGCUUCAUACUACUCUGGCUAUAAGGUCAACUUUAGACUGCAUGAUGAUGACAUCAGAGGCAUCCAGGCAUUAUAUGGCAAAAAAAUCACCAGUACUACCAGAGAUGAGGACAUUCAUGCCAUGGGCCCCACAACUAUAUCACCUUUCCCACGAGUUGAUGUUCCAGAUCCAUGUGAUGCCAAAGUUGAUGCCAUAAUGCUAGGUCCUUGGCGAAAGACCUUUGCUUUUAGUGGGGAUUACAUGUGGACGAUCACGGAUAUGGGACAUAAUGCUCCAAUAAAGAUCCAGCAGCUGUGGAAAUCUCUGCCAGGGAACCUGAAUGCCGCUGUUUACUCGCCAAGAACCAACAAGACUUACUUCUUCAAAGGUGAUAAAGUUUGGCGCUACACAAACUUCCGGCUCGACUUCGGUUACCCCAAACAGUUGACCAGAAUUCCUGCGAACAUUGAUGCUGCCUUGUACUAUGAGAAGAACAAAAAGAUUUUCUUCUUCAAGGGCUCAGGUUUUUGGCAAUGGGAUGAAAUGAAGUACAACGACCUGAGCAUUUACCCCAAACCCAUUUCCCGCCUCUUUACUGGCAUUCCAUCCAACCUGGACGCUGCCUUUACAUGGACCAACGGCAAGGUUUACUUCUUUAAAGGUGAUAAAUACUGGCGCAUGAACGAGCAGCUGAUAGUAGAUUCGGGUUACCCACUCAGUAAACGAGAGCGGUGGAUGAGAUGCACCCAUUGAAGGUGUGGAGAGUUUAAUGAAGAGGUAAAGAGGACUUUCAACACCUUCAAAGCAUUAAACUGCAGAGAAGACAAAGGACGUGAGCACUGUUAAAACUCAUGCUGUGUGAUGUGUAGCCAUGCUCCCAUGAUUUAUUUUCAAUAAGUCCACAGAGAAAAAGUGUGUGCUCUUUCUUUCACUCUCUUUGCAGUAUGUUGAGUAGACUAAAGAGUAGACAUGUGGCAGUAUUGCAUUUUGCUUUACGAUUACAGUUGAGAAUAUUGUGUUUUUAAAAUGACUAUUAUAUUUUUCACAUUACAGGACAAAUCAUCUAACAUGGAAUUCUUGCAUUCUAAUUGUAACAUUGCACAUUUUUCAGUGUUUUAAUGGUUGGAGUGCUGCUCAACAAGUUACAGUAGUUUGCCCAUUUGUCAUUUUGGUCAAAGAAACAAAGCUUCCCAUUUUGAUAACAUUCUCCAAAUUCAAAUGUGAAUGUAGUAAAUAUAGUGAAGUAUCAGUACUACAUCAUUAUUGUUUAUUGCACAAUGGCGUUUUUCUACAUCAUUACAGUUUAUUGGUAGAAGGCUACAAAGGAGGUUUUUUGUUGCAGAUCAUCAAUGACAGGACUGAGAAAAGUUGUCACUGUAUCUCAAACUCUCUGUAUGAAGAACUUAUGUAUAAUUUAUGAGCAACUUUUGUCAUAUAUUCUUACAGAAAAUAAGUGUAUAAAGAGCGAGGUUCAGUUAGUUAUGGUCUAUUCUUAGCUUUCUUAAUAAAUUUCCAUCAUGGUGUUUGGUCUAGUGCUUGGGAAGAGAGGGAGGUGUGUAUAUUCUGACCAUGUGUUCCUGCUUAGAUUUUGCGUAUAUAAUUAUUAAUGAGUUUGAAGUCUUGCUUUUGCUAUUUGCAGGGACUGUACUGUACUGUCAAAUACACUGAGAGAGAAGAACUUAGACACAUUCACUUUACAUUUGUGACCAUGUAGCAACACAUUUACAGCCAAUAUGGACAAAUCAAUAUAUAUUAAAGACUGUAAAUUCUGUACUUCUCAGGAGUAAGAUGUCAGUAUAAAAGCUAUAGCUAUUUUUGGUUCUGUUUUCUGCAAAGCUUAUCAUCUGACCUAUUUAAAAUCUGAAUUUUAUGCUGAAGUCCAUAAGAAUUUGACCUCUAAUUUCUUAGAUAUAAUGUACACAUUUUUAGAUAAUACAGAUAUGUGCAUUGUACAAGAGACAGUUCCAUUUCCCAUGAAGCUUCAGUUUUUUAUUUUAUUUAGAAAUCUAAUUCUGUUCUGUAGUACAUUGUUUUAGUUUGAUUUGAUAUCAGACCAUGUUUCGUAGAAGUUUAUACAUUGUUCAGAUUUGUAGAUAGAAAAAAAAGCAUGCUUCUUUAUCUUCCAGAUAAUUUCUACUGUAUAAAAUAAUUUUGUACUUCUGACUUGUAAUGAAUUGUUUUAAGUUUGAUUUGAGAUCAGACUAUGUUUCUAAGGAUCUCAAUUAUAUUACUAAUAAAUCUUAACAUAAGAGCA